UCGUCCUAUUAUGGAAAACCUCACCACUGGAAACAUGACUAUGGAGAAUGACACGUCGGUGCAGGGCAAUCAGAGCCUGGAUGUUUGGACUGACUACACAGUUGAAUACAAGGUGGUCAGCGUGUUUUUGGUGUCCCUUAUAUGCGGUGUGGGGAUCGUAGGGAACGUGAUGGUCAUACUGGUGGUCCUCACCACCAAACACAUGCGGACUCCAACUAACUGUUACCUGGUAAGUCUGGCCGCGGCUGACCUGAUGGUCCUCACAGCCGCCGGGCUGCCCAACAUCACCGACGCCCUGUGCGGACAGUGGGUGUUCGGUUACGUGGGAUGCUUGGGGAUCACUUAUUUCCAGUACUUGGGAAUAAACGCGUCCUCCUGCUCCAUCAGCGCCUUCACCGUGGAGCGCUACAUCGCCAUCUGCCACCCCAUCAAAGCGCAAUUCCUGUGCACUUUAUCCAGGGCAAAGAAAAUCAUCAUGCUGGUCUGGGCGCUCACUUCUGUCUACUGCGUCAUGUGGCUCUUUCUGUCAGACACUAAAAAGUUGGUGUAUGACAACGUGGUGCUGCUCACCUGCGCCUACAAAGUGUCAAGAAGUCACUACCUGCCCAUUUACUUCACAGAUUUCGCGGUGUUUUACGUGCUGCCUCUCAUGUUGGCCAUGGUUCUGUACGGACUGAUCGCCAGGAUACUUAUCCUAAACCCGCUGCCUUCAGAUCCGAAGGAGAACACCAAGAAGUGGAAAAAGGAGACAGGGAGUCAGGGAAGGAGGAUGAUCAGCACCAACUCAUCCAGCAGCACCACAGCUGCCUCCCGCAGACAGGUGACAAAGAUGCUGGCUGUGGUGGUGAUCCUUUUCGCCCUACUUUGGAUGCCCUACCGGACCUUAGUGGUGGUCAACUCCUUCCUGGACAAGGCCUACCUAGAUACCUGGUUCCUUCUCUUCUGCCGUCUCUGUAUCUACCUUAAUAGCGCCAUCAAUCCGGUCAUCUACAACGCCAUGUCUCAGAAGUUCCGCGCUGCUUUCAAGAAGUUGUGUCACUGCGGCCCUCAGCGUAUGGAGAAACCAGCUUCUUACAGCGUGGCUCUCACCUACAGUGUCAUCAAGGAUACGUCCAAUGGGGAAAGUCCCGACCACUUCACUACAGAAAUGGACGAGGAGCUAAACACAGCGACAGAUCAGUACUUGCCCACUAGGAUCCUGCCAAGUGCAAAGAAGAUGCCGUUUGAAGAGCCCUCCCUGUCUGGGAGUGAUGUCAAAGCCUGACUAAAAACCUACCUGAAAAGGAUUCUGACAGCUGCAGUGUAAAAAAUGGGAUCGUUGACAUUACUCAGACACUUCCAAUUGAAUUUCUCGGAGGUGUUUUCUCUUGGAAAUGUUUCUUUUACUUCGCAAAACCAUUUAUCAAAAGCUAAAUAGGAUGCUGGGAGAUAGGCUGACCUAUAGACCUUUUAGCAUUUUGUAUAAAAUAAAAGAAGUGAGCAUUCAAGAAUCUUGGCAAAUACACUUUAUUGAUACAUAAAUACAGAAUUAUUGAAUCCUGCCUCUGCUCUAAUUUCUGAAAACAGGAAACAGAUAUUAGAUAUUAAUCCAGGAUGUGACAUACCUAAUCUUCCUGAUAUAAUGCAGAGACACCUUUAAAUAAACAUUAAUCCAAACUGUUACAGGAAAAAGAUUCACAAUAGCUGUGUAUGUCAUCAAGUUGAUCCUAUAGGUCAGGGGUAGUCAAUUAUGAUUUAAGGAGGUCCAGACAGAGAAAUGUACAGG